AUGAUGUUGUGCCAUCAGCUUCUCCUCUUCUUUGGGCUGUAACUAGGUGUGUGUGCAUCUAGAAGGUGCUACUCAGAGGCCCAAAUCUCCAUAUGCUUUUUCUGCGGCCUCACUGAUGUUCCACCUGUGCCAAAGGAUACAGUGAAGCUUUUCCUGACUAACAGCUAUAUCAGAAAAGUGAUUUCGUUCCCACUGCUGGAGCACUUGUGGCUGUUGGAAAUCGGAACCCAGUUAGUCCAUCCUGUUACCAUAGGAAAAAGAGCAUUCUGGAACCUGCCAAACCUUUGUAUCUUAGACUUGGGAGACAAUAAGAUUCUUCAACUGCAUCUUGAUGUUUUUAUGGGCUUACCAAACCUGACUGUUCUCCAUCUGUUUCACAAUUCCCUUUGCAAUUCCUUCUUGGAAGAAUGUUACUUUCAAGAUUUGAGAUCAUUGGAAGAAUUGCAUCUUUCAACGAAUGAAAUCACAAAACUUCAUCCCUACCCCCUAUUUUAUAAUUUAACAGCCUUGAAAAGUGUGAACCUGAAAUUCAAGAAGAUAUCCAACUUUUUUCAAACCAAUCUUACCAGCUUCCAAGGAAAACACUCUUUAUUUUUUAACAUCAGUUUUAAUAAUUUGUACAAGACAGCAGAUGUGGCCUGGGCCAAGUGCCCCAAUCCUUUCAAAAAUACCACAUUUAGCUCACUAGACCUUAGUGACAAUGGCUGAAGCACAGAAGUCCAGUAUCUCUGUACAACCAUUGAAGGGACUCAAAUAAGUUCUUUAAUAUUUAGCAGUCCUAUAAUUGGUUCAGGAUUUUCCUUUGAUAAUUUAAAAAAUCCAGAUGAUUCUACUUUUGCAGGACUAGGAAGAAGUAAACUAAGGUUCUUUGAUAUUUCACAGGGUUGCAUUUUCUCUCUCAAUUCUUUAAUCUUUCAAAGUCUUGGCAAUCUAGAAUCACUGAACCUUUUCAAAAACAAGAUAAAUCAAAUCCAAAGGUAAGAAUUUUUUUGCUUGGGCAACCUAAAAAUUCUCAAUCUCUCAAAUAACCUUUGGGGUGAGUUGUACAAUUAUACUUUUGCGGGUCUAUGUAGUGCAACAUAUAUUGAUUUACAGCAAAAUCAUAUUGGGAUGAUUGGUGACAAAUCAUUCAGGCAUUUAGUAAAUCUGAAAAUAAUUUAUCUCUGAGACAAUGCCAUUAAAAGACUCCCUUCCUUUCCACAUCUGACUUCUGCCUUUUUAGGUGACAAUAAGCUAAUGUCUAUAGGUAACAGAGCAAUAAUUGCAACACACCUCGAAUUAGAAAGAAAUUGGUUGGCAAAACUAGGUGACCUGUAUGUUCUUUUCCAAAUUUCAGAUCUGCAGUAUGUCUUCUUACAACAGAACUGGUUCUCUUACUGUGUGAAGAGUGCUAAUGUUAUAGAAAGCAAUCAGUUAGUAUAUAUGGAUCUUGGUGAAAAUAUGUUAUAGCUGGUGUGGGAGAGAGAUUUAUGUUUGGAUGUGUUUGGGGCAUUGCCCAAACUUCAAGUUCUACAUCUGAAUAACAACUACAUCAGUGCUCUUCCAUAGGAGAGUUUUAGAGGUCUACCAUCUCUUAAAAGACUUUACCUGGCUUCCAACCUGCUGUCUCAUCUUUCUCCUGGGCUUUUACCACAAAGCCUAACAAACCUAAACUUAUCCGGAAACCAGCUGUUUUCCCCUGAGCCUGAAGUUUUUAUGACUUUGAGUGUUCUGGAUAUAACACAUAAUAAUUAUGUCUGUGACUGUGCUUUAAAGAGCCUGCUAGUGCGGCUGAGUGAAACAAAUGUAACCCUGGCUGGCUCCCAGUCUUACAGGUACAGUGCACCCCCUGCCUUUGAAGGGAUAACCCUGCCAUAUAUGACGUACGAUGGCUGUGAUGAACUCCAGCAGACACUCAGAUUCUCACUCGUCAUCUUCUUCUUGGUCAUUCUUCUCGUAUUUCUGGUGGCAGUCACAAUUUUUAUUUGCCCCCAGGGGAUUUGUUUCCUCUGGUAUAAAACCACUACAAAAAGACUGAUAGACAACCAACUAUGAGCAGUAGAUAAAAAUGAAUACAAAUAUGAUGCAUAUCUGUGCUACAGCAAAAAUGACUUUGAAUGGGUCCAGAAUUCUUUCCUAAAGCACCUGGACUCACAGUAUUUUGAUAACAACAGAUUUACCUUGUGUUUUGAAUAAAGAGAUUUCAUGCCUGGCAAAGAACAUAAAAAUAUUAAUGAUGCCAUUUGGAACAGCAAGAAAACAAUUUGCAUUGUGACCAGGCAGUUUCUCAAAGAUGGGUGGUGUGUGAAAGCCUUUAAUUUCUCCCAGAGCAGGUACUCCUGUGAUCUGAAGGAUGUCCUCAUUAUGGUAGUGGUUGGGUCACUUUCUCAGUAUCAACUGAAGAAACACAAACCAAUUUGAAACUUCCUACAAAGGAAUCAGUAUUUGCGGGAUUAUCAAGAUUAUCAAGAUGUGGACUGUUUCUUGGAUAACCUUUCUUGACGAAUUCUGAAAGAAAUAAAAGUGCAAAGGAAAACUGGUACUAUAGAGCUGUAGUCUGUAGCAACUGUGUCACAUUGA